AUGCCUCCUCUGUCGGCAUACACUUCGUUUGAGUCCCUUUUGUUCUUCCAGUCUCUAGCGACGUUAGAUUCCCGACCGACAAGCUUCGGCUCAAUUUCAACCCUCCUGCGCAACAAUCAGCUCGUGCGCGAGAAUGCCGAUUUCGAUGCCGAUCGCCUGACUCCGGAGGCGCUGGAAGAUCUUUAUGCGAAAUUGAUGCGCGAUGGAUUCAGUCGGGAUGGUGCGCUCUCAGUCAAUGGGCGACCCGCAGAUACCCCUAGUCCACCAAAUCCGAAGAAACGCAAGAUCUCCAGUCCGCGACCAGAUGGAUUGACCGGCGGAUUCACACAUGCCACGCUCAUCCCAGAGCUCGUGGCACACCUUUACGCCAAGUACAGAGACCUAGUCACCAAGGAAAUUAGGGACGAUGAGAAACAGUACACAGAAAUCAGAGCUGAGCUGGAACGGCUGCAGCAAGAGGACGAGAAAUUAGCGGCAGCGGCAGCUACAACAGUCACGCCGGUGAAGCCAGUGCCCAUAGAAGUGAAGGAUGCUGGUCUAAAGGAAGAGACGCCGCGUCCAAAUAUACAAGAUCGGACAGGUAAACCUCUCGCGCCAACCAUCCCGCUCGCCGCCCAGGAGAAGGCAAAGCCCGAACCACAGCACAUCGUAAUAAAUGUGCCCCCUACGACAAACGAGCCUCCGAAAACACACCCCCCUCCUGUGAUCCAACCUCAAGCUCCACUUCCUCAAGCGCAAGUCCCUACGCCAAAGCCGCAAGAGGUAGUUGCGCAAGCACUUCAACCGCAACCGACCACCACUCACCCCCUACCAAAACUGCCUAUCCAACCUCCACUUGCUCCAUCUACCCAGAAAGCUCCUCCAACCACACCUGCCGGGCCACGAGUCACACCAGCGCAUCCGUCCCAAAUCGCGCCUCGUGCCAAUCCUGUCCAUCCUGCGCCCAUUGUUACGGGUAAGGCUGGCCCGUUGGCGCCGGCACUCCAACGAACCCCCGCUCAACCGAGUUUCCAACAGUGGCAGCUGGAUCCUUCUCCUCAUUCGCCAUAUCCUGGCGUCUCCCCAGGUGCUGCUACACCCCAAGCAGCCCAGACCACUGCUAAACGACCUAUACCACAACCUUGCACCAACACGCCUUUGCUAGGGCCACAAGUCCAGACUCCCUUCCCACAAUCUGUUCCGCAAACACCCAGCGCCAUCCCCUCUACAGCUCAUACGCCUGUUCCAAUUGGCCGCCCGCGUGUUUCCCAAACCCCAAGUGCCACGUUCCCCUCUUUCUCCGAAUCUCGCGCCUCUCAUCCACGCCUGUCAAUUGACACACAAGGCUCCUCCACACCAUGGAAGAGAACUCCUCGACCGAGGGCUUCGCGCUCUCCAAGCUCACCUCCACGGCCACGGCCGGAGGACGUCAGUCCCAUCAGUGAACGAGGUCAAUCUCCCGUCGAUGCGAUGGAAAUGUCACCUCCCCCCAGAAUCAAUCUAGGCCAGCGAGCUCCAUCUACAGAAGACAAGAAACCACGACGCGGUCAGCCUGAAAUCAAGCCCGGCCCCGUCAUCAAGACCGAGAAAUUAGCUCCGGUUCGGAGGACGCGUGCCGCAAGUUCAGCUUCUUCCCGGAGUCGCGAGCGAUCCAUGGCUUCGCGCGAUGGGUCGGCUGCGCCCUCAGAAGACACUUCACGUGAAUCACGAGCAACGGGCCGCCGAAAGGGUGCAGCUGUUACAGCCGACGAAGAGACUCCCAAACCGCGGACAAAACGUAAACGUGGUGCAAGUGAAGCAUUGGAGCUUGAACCCCACCCUGCAGAUAUCCCCAGAUUCGACACAACUCGAUAUGUCAUGGCGACGCGCAACUUUCACCGGACCGCGGCACCGAUUAUGAACGAUGUAGCCACCCACAAGCUUGCCUCCAUCUUUGCUAAGCCAAUUGGCGAGCGUGACGCCCCGGGCUAUCACGAUCUCAUCUAUCGGCCAUCUGACCUCAAAUCAAUCAAAUCUGCCAUCCACCAGGGAAGCAAAGCCGUCGCCACCGCAGGAGAAUCAGUCAGUACCCCAGCCGGGGAUGGAGAGUCUCCCGUUCCUGGUGGCACACCCUCCAAAGGCGGCGUGCUAAUGUUGCAAAAGAAUGAGGACUUCAUACCACCCAAGGGAAUCGUGAACUCUGCACAAUUGGAGAAAGAGUUGAUUCGCAUGUUCGCCAAUGCUAUCAUGUUCAACCCCAUUCCCCAGCGAGGAUUUGGACCUGCCUUCCCCAUGUCUAGCGACCGUGGUUCGCGGGAGAGUACCCAAAUGGGUGAUUCCGACGAAGGCGGAAUCAUCCAGGACUCGAUGGAGAUGUUUGAGGAUGUUCAGCAGGCUGUUACUCGAUGGCGGGCUGCUGAACGCACUGCUGAUGAACUGGCUAAUAAGAAUGUCCUCUCUCUUCGGCGUGGAAGUGCCAGUGAUUUCAACACUGACAGUACUGAUGAUGUGAAAGGGUGA